GCAGCAUGAGAGGCAGAGAGUGUAACCCCACGGUCGCACCGCCACCCGUGCGUCGUCGUAUUUAAAAUAUGACUCGGGUUAGAGCGCACACGGGGGUAGUCGUGCGAGUGUAGAGAUAUUAGCCGCGUGCACCGGGAGUAUAUUAUCCGUAUUAGUUUAGGCAAGCAAAAAUAGUAGUGAGUAAGGGUUAUUGUCCGAGGGGGCGUGCAACGGGGUCUCCGUCGAGAGAAAGACAGGAAGAGAGAAAGAUAGGAGGACACAGAGCGAGGAAGCACAAGCAGAGCCAGCACAAGACGGAAAAGUCAACCAACGAGACGAACGGAUGAUACGGGGGGUGGCUAGGUGAAAUCAGACACUCUCGAUUAUCGGUCCAGUGAAAGUGCGAAACGCGAAGACAACCGUGCAGUUUCGGGGACCGCCGUUGCGAAUGAAUACAUAUCAUUUUAUCCUAGUUGCAGAGAGUGUGUGAGAGAGGGAGAGAUAGAAGGAAAAAGAGGGAGAGAGAAUCGUAGCGAGAGGGUGGAGGGUGGAUCGUGAGAAAGAACGACGCGACCAGAACGAACGGAGAUUAUCGCGAAUCAGUGAGUUUAACGAGGAUAGAUGGAGAAAGAGGGAGAAAGAAAGAAGAAGAAACGUGAGUUCCAUUGAGAUGCGUACACAGAGAUAUAUAUAUAAAUAUAGAUAAAUGGAUAGAUAGAUAGAUAUAUGUAUACACAUGCGCAACGCGAAACGUGUGAGUGUGUACUUGGCUUGAUCAUCAUCGUCGUCCUCGUCGUCGUGAAUGCAUCCUUUUCCGGCCCGAAGCUUUCGGGACAGUGAGAUAUUCUUAGAGAAGUUCCGGAAGCGACUUGACAGAGUCUGAAAGAGGAAAAGAGGGAGACACAAAGAGAAAUUCCCUCCCGCGGAUGAUCACUCGUGGGCAGCUACGUGUCGUCGCCGUCGCCGUCGUCGUCCGUCGUGCAUAUCUUUUCUCGUGAACUGUGAUUCUUUGUGCCGCUCGUCGAGGGAGGAGGGACAGUGAUCUCUGCGACGAGACGGGAUAAGACAGACAGGCAGGAAAAAUGAAGCUCGACUUGGACCGGGAGAAGGGCCUCGAGCUCUUCGGCAAGCUGAUACGUACAAAGAACAUCGAAAGUCUGCAGGGUGAUCAGCCCAAAACCGGUCCCGAGCCACUUCAUCCAGCCGACUCCAAGCAGAAAUUACAGAAGUGCCUGACGACUCUGGACCUGACGUCUUUAGGAGUUGGCUCCUGCGUCGGGACAGGGAUGUACCUUGUCGCAGGAAUGGUGGCGCGCAGCGUUGCCGGACCUGGUGUCGUCUUCUCAUUCAUUAUCGCAGCCAUUGCUUCCAUUUUUUCCGGGGCGUGUUACGCCGAGUUUGGAGUACGAGUGCCUCAUACGACCGGCAGCGCUUAUAUGUACAGUUACGUGACAGUAGGCGAAUUAAUAGCAUUUAUUAUUGGAUGGAACAUGGUGCUGGAGUACCUUAUAGGUACGAGUGCGUGUGCGUGCGCCCUUAGCGCCUGCCUGGAUGCGUUGGCGAACGGUGCUAUUUCCGGGGCGAUAGCCAACAGCGUUGGCACCAUACUCGGACGGCCGCCAGAUUUUCUCGCGUUCGUCAUCACGAUACUUAUGAUGCUGCUAAUGGCGGCAGGGGUGAAGAAGUCGCUGGUGUUCAACAAUGUGCUGAACGCCAUCAAUCUCGCCGUCUGGGUCUUCGUCAUGGCGGCGGGCAUGUUUUACGUGGAUUCCAACAAUUGGUCCGAGCAUAGCGGUUUCCUCCCCUAUGGCUGGAGCGGGGUUUUCACCGGCGCGGCGACGUGUUUCUACGCCUUCAUUGGCUUCGACAUAAUAGCCACCACCGGCGAGGAGGCGACGAAUCCGAAGAGGAGUAUUCCCCUCGCCAUAGUCUCGUCGUUGAUCAUAAUUCUCGUCGCUUACGUCACCAGCAGCAUGAUCUUGACACUGAUUGUUCCAUACGAUCAGGUUGAUCAGGAUUCGGCGUUGGUGGAAAUGUUCGGCCAAGUCGGGGCCUACAAGUGCAAGUACAUCGUCGCAGUCGGUGCGCUGGCAGGUCUGACGGUCUCCAUGUUCGGCAGUAUGUUUCCGAUGCCUAGAAUAGUCUACGCGAUGGCUCAGGAUGGCCUUAUAUUUCGGAGCCUCAGCCAAGUUUGGCCGGCGACUGGCACUCCCGCAAUUGCGACUUUAACUUCCGGCAUGUGUGCAGCUUUCGCUGCGCUGUUGAUCCAGCUAGAAGUGUUGGUGGAAAUGAUGUCGAUCGGUACCCUGCUGGCGUACACUCUGGUGUCCACAUGCGUGCUGAUAUUGCGAUAUCAGCCGCAUUCGACGAAUUUGAUCGAGUUGCUGCCGCAGAGCUUGCGGACGCCUUGUCGAUCGCCCACGAAGGAAACCCAGGGGAACGGCCAAGUGACUUACGGCAAGGAGCUUAGGCCCGAUCAGCUUACAACCGCAUUGAACUCGGUACAGACGUCCCAGUCAGAGCUUACGACCACCAACAACGGGCAGCGUAUCACGGUGCGGCGGGUGAGGAGGUGCAACAGCUCGUCGCCAGAUUCGGAUGACACGUACGGCGGUGAAGAGGACGAAGUGGGAUUGGGUAAGGACGAUCAGUAUCUCGUCAGCGACAGAACGGAGAAUAAAUUUUACGGCAGCGUGCACGCGGCUGCGGCCGCCUCGAGUUGCGGUAGCGCUCAUCAAUAUCCCGGAAACACGCCAAUCAUAGGGCCACCGUUGAAUUAUCUACAGCGUCGACUGCAGGCGGCGCAGUACCUUUGUCCUGCUAUAUUCCCGUGGGUGGACAGGGGUCCUGCGACAGAGGCGUCAGGACGUUACGUUAUGAAGCUCGUUGGGAUCUUAUACGUCUUGAUCCUUAUUUUUGACUUGAUUAUCGUCUGUGGGAUGGGUAACAUGGGAACAUUUACAACGAUAUUACUAUUCUUAUUUCUCUUUGCCAUAAUUGGUAUACUUCUCGUCAUCAGUAGAAAGCCGCAAAAUAGGAGCAGCGUAAUGUUCAUGACUCCAGGCUUACCCUUCGUCCCCGCGAUCGCCGUUACCGUUAACAUUUAUCUCAUCUUCAAGCUCAGCAUCCUCACCUUGGUUAGGUUCACAGUCUGGAUGACUCUCGGUUUCAUCAUGUACUUCCAGUACGGUAUCAAGAACAGUAGCCUGGAGGAGGCGAACGCGUCGGAGAACAUUGACGACAUCGUCGUCGGCGGUACGGCCGGCAACAUCGAGUUGACCGUGACCGAGCACCAUCAGCGGCAACAGCAGAAGCAGUAUUCGCCAGACCACAGCAUUUACGAGAGCCAGCAGUUGGACGCGUUUGGCCAGCCAGUGUUUGGCAGCACGAAUUUCGGCGGCACGCCGAACCAGCAGCAGCAUAUUAGCAUCGGCGGCCAUCAACAGAGGCAAACGGGAGCGGCGGGAAGCGGCCGUCGCAUCGACCAAACCGCGUCAACGACGACGGGCAAGAACCUGUUCAUCGAUCAGGAUAGCUUCCCCACCUGGGACGAUUGAGGAGCACCGCGCGCGUUGUAUAGUACCGUCGUUGACGAGAUCGCAGGCGAAGAAGGCGGUUGGGGACAGAAACAGGUCGAGAGAGCAUUAGCUGUGACGAGGAUAGAAAGAAAGAAGGGAAUGCAGAAAGAAAGAUGAAGAGACCAUUACCAUUAUUAGUAUAAGGCGAAACUUGUGUUUUCCAAGAGAGCGUUCUAACGGCUAAUAUAAGUUCAAAAAUUUAUUGCUAGUCCGCGAAUGGGAAACGAAUGCGAGAUGAGAAUGAGGUGUGUCGUCGGAGCGACAGGAUGAAUGAAAAACACGAGUGAGAAUGAGAAAGAAAGAGAGAAAAGUGAGAAAAGCGAGACAAAAUAAGAGAAAGAGCGAGGCGUGCCUGAAAGAAUAAUGAAUAAGAAAAGAGUAUGAGAGCGAGAGAGAGAGAGAGAGAGAGAAUCCAUAGAAGAGAAUACUUUAAUGAAGAAAAAAGAAAAAAAACAAAAAUGUCAUCUUUUGCCUAACUUUAGUCUUUCCCAAAAAGAAGAAAAAAAAGAAGUCUAGUCUAACAUAUUAUAAUCGUAUAUCUAAGCUUACUACAAUACUUACAUACGUCUUACCUCGAGUAAACCCUUUGAUUAUUAAUUUACACGCAAUUUGUAUAAAUUAUCUAGGAUUUAAGCGCGCGUCGCCUCCCAACGUCGUGGAAUGAAGGAUUGAGAGUGAAUACAAUUAAUUAAGUAGGAAAAUUAUAUCAAAAAGAAAUAGGAUGAGGAUUAACUUUUCAAAAUCGCGAAAAAAAUUUUAAUCUUGUCCCCAAUCAAUUGGCAUUUACUUCUCCAACUAUGUUUUAUUUCAAGGAUCAGAAAAUCAAAUUCUUAUUCAGAAUCAAAACACGUAUUGGGAUAAAUUUGGAAGAGAACGGAAGGAAAAGCAGAGGCUAGACGAUUUAGUUUCGAAGAAACGAGUUCUCCUCUCGAUCGACUUUACAAUUCGUCCAAUUUCUUGCGGGACUUCGGAGAUAGACGGGAGACGACGCGCGAGAUAAGAUUUCGUUUUCGUGUACAUAUCUUCGGUGUUUCGAGACAAACCGUUUCUCCGUACGUACGUGCACAAGUCCGUUGUGCUUCUCUGUCCGCUAGUGUGUUCCGCGCGAUGAAUCGAGGAUAGCCUUCGAUACUCCCGAGUAAUUACGGUCGGGAGGAUGCGCGACCACGUGUCUCCGAUAUGAGUGAAUGCAUGCGUGAUUAUGUAUUCACACCACGAGUGGAGCUCCAAUUUGCCCACAUACAGGUCAAGAUAUAAUUUAAGACAACCAAGGAUACAUGCUAUGGACCGUAACGAUUGUUAUUUUAAAAUCUCUAAACUAUUUUUUUCCUCUUUUAAUACCCAUCCGCCUACAUCUCAUCCGCGUUAUUAAUUCCGAAAGAUCGAUCGUCGCAAAGUAAUCCGCGAAAUAUUCCGAAGUACCAAGGAGGCACGACACGUGACUGCGAUAAAACACGGAAAACCAUAACGCGGAAUGCUUACCGAUUGUACAUUGCGGAACAAUAAAGUAUAAAAGUCGCCGGUUUAUUGCGAGGCGCGCGAUUUGAGUCACGCAGCAGACGCUUUUAUUACACAAAUAACUUUUAUUACUUCAUGAUCUGUUUGCUUCUUUGUGAGUAUGUGUCUGAAGCAGAAGAUAUCCUUGCGUUGUAUUGUUGAUCGCCAUGCUAUCGUUUCGCUUAUAACGGAGAUAUGCGUCGUGCAUACUAUUUGACAUUCGAUCGUGCAUCUUCCAGGCGGGCGUCGAUGCGUCGCGACGCAUCGUCGCUCGAACGUUGGGCAAAGUCGUUGGCAGGUACGACGACCGCCCCCCGUGAUCGCUUUCGCGAAAUAUUUCUUCUCGUGUCUAUACUUACUUUCGUCCAGCUGCUCCGCCACUUUUACUACUUCGUUAUAGGACGCAUCGUCCGCAUUUCCAUGUGCGGAAAUCGUCCCGCGGCUCUCGAGUCGCUCAACAUUCCGCGUCCCUUUUCCACGUGAAUGACUAAUUCGAUAACGAAGCGACGACAGGGAGGAUUCAGGGUGUUGACAAUCGACAAAUUACAAACAAAUUUUUAACAAAAUUAUUUCACAAUAUUAUAAUUAGAUUACGAAUUGGAUUACAUUGAUAAUUAGGUUACGAUCAUCGAGCAGCAAAAUUUUGUUCAGAGAGAGAAGCAGGACCAUAAAACUGGAAAUUGUCAGAGAAAUUGAAAAAAGUCAGAGAAAUUAAGGAAAAGUCAGGGAAUUUCGCAAAAUUUUCUGGAAAAUGAAAAUUUAGCUUUAAAGAAGUUUAAUAUAUGUACAUCUCAUCUACGCACUUUUGAAAUACU